AUGAAUAGCAGGUUGAAAAACCUAGAACACGAUCGUCGACUUCCUAUUAUUCCUAUUACAAGUUUCCUUAAUGGUAAAGAAUACAAAAUGGAUAAUUAUGGAGAAGCAGAUGACUAUUUAAGACCCUUUGAUAUUAUUAAAGCAAAUAGAAUUGGUGGUUUUUUUAAACAUGUUGGAAUUUAUUUAGGAAAAGGUUAUGUUUGUCAUUUCACAGGGAGUUCUAAUUCAGAAAGUAGUGGAAGUGAUAGUAUCGGUAUGAAAGUAAUAAAAGAUACUUUAAGUAACUUUUUUAAAGGAAAUGAAAAAAGUCAUAUAUGUGUUACUCGCCCCAUUGUCAGGUUUAAAAAUAGAGAAGAAAUGAUUGGAGGUAUAGCAAAGGCUAUUGCUUCUGAGUAUGGAGCAGUUUUCAAACCUUUUACUUCUCCAUAUUCAACCAUUUUAAAAGAAGAAAUACGAGAAUGCGAACGAGUUAUAAGCAAUUUGGCUUCUUCUUCAAAUUCAAGAGUUCAAGAUUUAGUUAAUGAAAUAAAGGAUUUAACCCAAGAAAACAGUCAAGAUG